UUUUCCCCCCCUCUCACAUCAGCUUUUCUAUAUAACCACCACAUUCUGUCCUUAAAAUCUCAGCCAUGGGAAUUCAAGGCAUGAAGGUGCAUCAGUUCCCACGAGGAUUCUUCGAUCACGAGCCCCCUUCUCUGUCCCUCGGCUGCAAGCGCUUCCGUCCCCUCGCCCCCAAGCUGCCCACCACCACUUCUGCCGCGGACGACACUCUUACCGCCGUCACCACCACCACUUUCGACCUCAAGAGCUUCAUCAGGCCCGAAAGUGGCCCCAGAAGAGUUGGAUCGUUGGAUCAUCAGACGAAAGAAUCAGCUCAUCAGGUUGAGGCCGCACAGCCAGGAGGGACGAGGUGGAAUCCGACGCAAGAGCAAAUAGGAAUACUUGAAAUGCUGUACAGAAGCGGAAUGCGAACACCAAACGCUCAACAGAUCGAGCAGAUCACUGCCCAGCUGGGGAAGUACGGGAAGAUCGAGGGUAAAAACGUGUUCUACUGGUUCCAAAACCACAAAGCACGGGAGAGGCAGAAGCAGAAGCGCACUAGUCUCGGCCUCAGCCACAGCCCAAGAACACCCCCUUCGCCAUUCAUGACCACUACUACUACUUCUCUCAUGUUAUCAACCGCUACGGGAGUUAGAGGGGAGGGAUCAUUAUCGGACAACACACCGUACAAGAGAAAGUGCAGGUCAUGGGGAUUUGAUGGAAACUCAGAUGAAAAAAAUAGCAGAUAUAAUUGUACAGAAGAAGAGGAAGAAGAAGGGCAAGAAGAUAGGACACUCAAGCUCUUCCCUUUGCAUCCUGAAGGAAGAUCUUGAUCGGAUUGUUAGAUUAAUCAAUUAAAUUCAGAUUUUAACUUAAUUUAAGCUGUAACUGCUUAAGUUUCAUUAAUUUCCAGAUCCCACCAGUUUAUAUUUUCUUGAUUGCUUGGCCUUUCUUUUAGAAAGAAGAAUGACCACUUGUGUGA